AGGAGCUUUUGUGCUUCUUCCUGCGUUCUCUCAUUAUGGCCGCUGCCGGUAGUGGGUAUAAUGCAGGGAAGAGCUUAUUGCAGUUCAUGAAAUAUGUAGGGCAGCUUAAGAGAGUACCCAGGACAGGUUGGGUGUACCGCAAAGUGGAGAAACCAGAAAGCGUGUCAGACCACAUGUACCGAAUGGCUGUUAUGGCGAUGUUAACGGACGACAAAAAACUUAAUAAAGACAGAUGCCUUCGCCUUGCUCUUGUACAUGACAUGGCCGAGUGCAUUGUGGGUGACAUAGCUCCUGCUGACAACAUAUCUAAGGAAGAGAAGCACAGGCGGGAAAAGGAAGCUAUGAAGCAUUUGACUCAGCUAUUACCAGAGGAGAUGAAGAAGGAGGUUUAUGAACUGUGGGAGGAAUACGAGUAUCAGUGCACCGCAGAGGCCAAGUUUGUGAAAGAACUAGAUCAGUGUGAGAUGAUUCUACAAGCACUAGAGUAUGAGGAGCUGGAGAAAAGACCAGGGAGGCUGCAGGACUUCUACAACUCAACUGCAGGGAAAUUUAAGCAUCCAGAAAUUGUCCAGCUUGUAUCUGCCAUCUAUGAGGAAAGAGAAGAAAAUAUAGCAGCACACAAUAGUGAUUCUUCAGCUUCAACAGGUGUCAUUCCGAAAUAAACACUUUCUGCCUUUUA